GUCUGAGAAAGGUGACGGGUCGGGUCCCGUCUUCAACUGUGAGCUGGCGCUGGUUGGAGUGACACAAUGUCGAGCCACCGUCAUCCCUGGAGCGUCAACCCAGUGCGCGCCAUCGCCAUUUUGCGCCAUGAUUGCCUUUUGACCUUUUCCAGAGGUAGUGUAUCUAUUUCCCUGGGAGGGACCACUCGCCAUUUUUCUCGCCUCGCCCUUUAUCAAUCAACCCGCCUCACAUUACCGUGCCUAACCUUCCUCCCGUGGCUGAUUUCGAACUACUGAUCGGCCCCUCCAGUAUCGUCCGACCGCAAUUUCACCUUGUUCCUCUUACUACCCUUCUACAUCGUCUUGGUCUCACUUUCAAUCUUUCCACGUUUGUUCCAUCGUCAACCACAUUUCCGAUACUGAACCCACCCGACGAACACCUCACCAAAUGUCUCCCUCCGCCAGAGAAUGAGAGCUUUGUCGCACACUUCUGGAAAAGGCCGAACUCUACUUUGGAGGCCCGAUUCCUACCACCGAUAAUUCCGACGUUGCGUCUUUCUCUCUCUCUGCCUCGAGAGAUAUCAACAAACCACCCAACAAACAAAUAGCAUUUUCCACUCAAUCGUGAACACGACCUGGCAGCCGUCCUAUCGCGACCCUUCCGAAACCACAAUCGUGCAUCGCCUUGCCUGCUUGGGCUUUCUCUGGUGUCAACGCGCUGCGCCAAGCCCAUCCCGAGAACUUUCCAUCAGCUUUGGCCCCCUUGGACCUCCGUCCUCGACCCGGCUACAUCUACCUCCGUUUUCCGCAUAGUCUUUUCUCGAACUUCGCCCGACGUUGUCGAUUCCCUCAGGGAUAGGAAUCACCAUUGUCAAAAUGGACCAACAGUACAUGACGCCUCCGACGUCGUUUCGUCUGGCCGACAUGGCCCAAGGUGCCUACGACAUGCCCCUCAUGGCUAUGAAGAAGCCGCACGACUCCCACCCCUCCAUGGGCAACUUGGUCCUCCUCGUCUUCGAAGCCGUCCUGGAGGUCGUUUGCGUUAGCUUGCCCGGUUACAUUGUCGCUCGUAUGGGUCACUUCGACGCCGACAAGCAGAAGUUCUUGGCCAACCUUAAUGUCAUGCUCUUCACGCCGUGCCUGAUCUUUACCAAGCUGGCCUCUCAGCUUAAUGCCGACAAGCUCCUCGAUCUUGCCGUCAUUCCCAUCAUCUUCGUCAUCCAGACCCUCGUCUCGUGGCUCGUCUCUGUUGGUGUAUCUCGCCUCUUUGGCUUCAAUCGCCGCGCCUCCAACUUUGUCACAGCUAUGGGAGUGUUUGGCAAUUCCAACUCGUUGCCCAUUUCCAUGAUUUUGUCCUUGUCGCAGACGAUCAAGGGCUUGCAUUGGGACAAGAUUCCCGGUGAUAACGAUGACGAGGUUGGUGCCCGAGGCAUUUUGUACCUCUUGAUCUUCCAGCAACUCGGUCAGCUGGUGCGCUGGAGCUGGGGUUACCACGUGCUGCUCGCCCCUAAGGACAAGUACCCCGAGUACCAGGACGAGCGCGUCGAGGAGGGCCAGUACGCCGGGGAUCGGGAGACGGCGCCUUUGCUGAAUGAGUACGACGACGGCGCGACCACUUCCCGCAGAUCUUCUAGUGACAAUCUGUCGAAUUACGAACCCGCCGGUCGCACUCCUGUUGCUAGCAGAUCCAGGGCUUCGCCCGCCGACACCGAGGACGAGGACGAGGACGACUUUCCCAAGAAGGCGAGGACGACCAAUGUCCUCGCUCCCCUUAACGGUAAUCAUCCCGUUUUCGACGGAAGUGGCGAUGAGAUAUCGUCUUUCCCCCGCAUUCUUAACACGGAUGAACCCGACGUUCCCGAAGGAGUUAAGGGCUACCCUGCCCGCGUUAACAAUGCCGUUGUGUCUGCUAAGCGCUCCACGUCCAACUUCGUCAAACGCCAGUACGAACACCUUCCUGCCCCUGCCAAAUCGAUUCUUUCGGCACUAGGCCGCUUCGCCGGCAAGCUCUACAACUUCCUUUGGGAGUUCAUGAACCCACCCCUGUGGGCCAUGCUCAUCGCCGUCGUCGUUGCUUCCGUUCCGGCCCUGCAGAAGAUUUUCUUCGAGGAGGGAUCAUUCGUCAAGAACAGCUUCACCGAUGCCGUCCAAUCAAGCGCUGGAGUCGCCGUCCCCUUGAUUCUGGUUGUUCUUGGUGCCAAUCUUGCGCGCAACACCCAGAAAAGUGAUAAGCAGCGCGACCCCGAGGAGGAUCAGAUCGGAACGAAGCUUCUCGUCGCUUCUCUCGUGUGCCGCAUGCUUCUGCCGACCCUCAUCAUGACCCCUGUCCUGGCCAUCUUCGCCAAGUAUGUGCCGGUCAGCAUCCUGGACGAUCCCAUCUUCGUUAUCGUCUGCUUCUUGUUGACCGGCGCGCCAAGCGCCCUUCAACUGGCACAAAUCUGCCAGAUCAACGAGGUCUACGAGGGUGUCAUGUCGAGAAUUCUGUUUCAGAGCUACGUCAUCUGGAUCCUCCCAUCAACCUUGAUCCUCGUCAUGUGCGCCUUGGAAGUCGUUGAGUGGGCUGCUUGAGUGGUCAACUAUUUUCUUUUGUCAUGGAGAACUCACAGUAUUGAGCGCAAUAAUGGUACAGGUGGUUUCUGCAGUAAUCAUCGAGGCGUUUAGGUUAUCAAGGCACACGCCGUGACCCGGGGCAAAAGCAGAACACAAAUUGGCCCUUUGCCUUGUAUUAACACCAGCACAAGCGAAUUGGGGGCAUUUCUUUCUACCAAGCAUAAACGAUUAAAAAAACCACCAGAGCUGAUCGUUGUCCGCCCUUGGCAGUCACUAGCGAUUGUAUAUUUGCACUAAUAGGAAUAUAAACAUGGACCUGAAAA